GCUCGCCUCACUCCAACCCCAACUCUCCACAUCCUCCACCAUGACUGCGGCAACACCAAACGGCGCUGACGCGUCGACUGGUGAUGGCGGUCUGGCCGCGAAGCCUCCUCCAGAUGUCGUGAUCCCUCCAAAGCAAGUCCGCGACGACAUCUCAAGGACAGCCGACUUCAUCCAUCGCAGAGGCGAGGGUACAGAACACCAUCUGCGGGAACGGUCCGGUCACAUGCAAAAGUUCUCCUUCUUGAACAAAGACGAUGCAUACUACGCCUACUUCGCCUGGUACCUCAAUGAGUUGAAUCAAGGCAGGGGUGCCACCGGAACAGACGGUACGGGCGCGCAACAGGCCCAGGACAACAAGCCAAAGGGACCACCCGAGCCACCAAAGUUUCGCUUCUCGGCGCGCAUGCCCAAUAUCAGUGCGAAAGACCUUGAAAUCCUGAAAGUAACUGCGGCUUACACAGCGAGGAAUGGUGAAAACUGGCUGAAGGAACUCCGAGGUCGCGAGGGUGCCAAUUUCCAAUUCGACUUCCUCCGCCCAAACCACAGUUUCUUCCAAUUCUUCAGGUCGUUAGUUGACCAGUACAAGAUCUUGCUUGAGGAUGAGGACACCGUCCAAGCCCGCAUCGACGAGCUGACUCUCAACAUCCAGAACCGCUUCCAUGUACUAGACAGGGCUAAGGCGCGCGCCGAAUACGUCAAGUAUCAGGCACAACAGAAACAACAAGAGGAAAAGAAGGUGGAGGAUGAGCGGAAAGAGUAUGCUCAAAUAGACUGGCACGACUUCAGCAUCAUUGCGACCGUCACGUUCGACGAGCUCGAUGACCAAGCUGAGCUACCACCCCCAACUUCUCUCAAUGACUUGCAGUCAGCUUCGUUGGAACAGAAGGCGAUGGUAUCUUUAUCUGCUGGACGACUUGAAGAGGCAGCACCCGAUGAGGAGACGUACUAUAACGUUUCCCAGCAAGCUCCGCAGAUGCCACCGCAGGUACAAGCACCGAUGCAGUUUCCUAUGCCACAACCAAUGGCACCACCCGUUCAGCCUGUGUACCAACCACAACCACUGGCCGUUCAGGACUAUCGAACACCCGCACAGAUUGCCCGCGAGGAAGAGGAGGAGCGCGUCAUCCGCGAGCGGCAGGCAGAGCGCGAACGCGCUGCGCAAGCGCAAGCCGCUGCGAAGGGAGCGGGUGGCCCAAUGCGCAUCAGGGCAGAUUAUGUACCUCGCGCGGGAGUCAAGAAGCAAAACGUUCCAAUGGCUCUCUGUCCCAAUUGUAAACAACAAUUUCCUGCUAAUGAAUUGGAAGACCAUAUUCGAAUUGAACUGCUUGACCCUCGCUGGAAAGAGCAGCGGAAUAAGAUGGAAUCGCGGUAUUCCUCAAGUAACUUAUCUACCGUCGAUGUCGCCAACAACCUCAAGCGCUUCGCUAGCCAGCGCGAUGACGUCUUUGACGGUGUCUCCGGGAUGCCAAUUUCCGAAGAAGAGCAGGCCAGGAGGAAGAAAGCAGCCAUGUCGUACGAUGGACAGCCAGACCCCGCUAAGGAUGCUGUUCGUCUCCAGGAGAUGCAGAGCAUGAAUUUGCAGGAUCAGCUUAGGAGAAUCAAUGAGAAGCAUGGAAGGAAGUAGCCCCCCGGGUGAGUGCACCAAAACCAGGAGAUGAGAUUUCGUUCUUUAUUUUUCAAAGAGCUUGUCUACAUUCUUGCAGCUAUCUACAGCUAGAGUGAUAGAGUCUCCCCAAGGUUUCUAUUCAUCUCGGUUACAAACUUCUUCCAUCCGGCCUGGUAGCCUUAUGGGAUUCAAUUGCAUCAGUGGAGUUCAUGGCAGGGAAUCACCGUCUGUAUAAAAUCGUCGCUGGGUGGCGGAAUGGGAAUUCGUCGACAGACCUUUUACAUCCGCUUCAAUGUAGGCUCUUCCAGAGCAGAUAAUUCAGAACAAUACCC